AUGUACCAUGAGAAAUCAAGUUACGAAAUCGCGAAAAUAAUAUGGUCUGCAUUGGCAGUAGUUUUCAUCCUGAGCGUAGAAGUGAGAGGGCAUGGUAGACUAAUAGAACCUCCUUCACGCGCUUCUGCUUGGCGAUUCGGUUUCGAUACACCACACAAUUACAAUGACCACGAACUCUACUGCGGGGGCUUCACCAGACAAUGGAACAGGAACAAUGGUAAAUGCGGAGUCUGUGGUGACGCUUGGGAUGCGCCUAAACCACGUGCGCACGAACUAGGAGGGCGCUUUGGCCAAGGUGUCAUUGUCCGCAAAUACGCUCCCAGAGACGUCAUCAUUAUUAAAAUCGAAUUAACCGCAAGUCAUAACGGAUUCUUUGAGUUUCGCGUUUGCGAAGACCCUCGAGGUGAACAAGAUUGCUUAGACAAACAUGUGCUUUUACUCGACGGGAGACAUGACUCAAAGUACUACCCCAGGGAAGGUAACAAAAUUUACGAAAUGAAGUACCAGUUGCCAGAAGGCUUGGAAUGUUCACAUUGCAUCCUGCAAUGGAGGUAUAUUGCUGGUAACAAUUGGGGUACAUGUGCAAAUGGUACAGGAGCAGUUGGGUGCGGUCCCCAAGAAGAAUUUAGAGCAUGUGCAGAUAUUGCUAUCGGCGAUAAAUUCACCACAACGACGAAGCGGCCGAGGCCCACUUAUGUGCCACCCAGCAGACGCCCCACUACGCCAAUCCCAGAAGAAACAUCUGGAAGCGCUUGGUACGGCGUCGUUGUCGCAAUUAUCACGUUGCUCAUCGCUCUCGUAUUGCUGGCGGGAGUCUACUUGUACUUCUAUGGAGGUGGUGUGAGAAUAAAGAGCUUGUUAAAAUCCAAAGCUGCCCCUCCCGCACCUGUUCCACCUCCAAGACACAAAAAGUUGUCGUUAUCUAGAGAAAAUCCGCCGAUAAUCUCAUCGCCUAAAUUAAUAUCGGAGUCAGGAUUUGAAACUGUGGAUUUACGGAAGUAA